CUAUUCGGUCAAGGAAAAACUUUCUUUGGCACUGCAACUACGCAGUCUUCUACUUUUGGAGGAUCUUUUUUUGGUUCUGCCCAGCCAGCAUCCCAGUCCACUGGUUUAUUCAGUUCUGGAUUUGGUUGUAUGUUAUCAUUUCAAUAUCAUUUCAAUUUUAUUACAGCCUUAAGUUUUUAUUUAGCAUCUAUUCAAACUGGAACAACGAUAAAAUUUGAUCCACCAACAUCAACAGAUACGACGCUAAGAAAUGGAACUACUCAGACGCUUAGCACAAAACAUAUGGUGAUAAGUUCAAUGAAACAAUAUGAAAAUAAGAGUUUGGAGGAAUUAAGAUGUGAAGAUUAUCUGGCAAAUCGAAAAGGCAUUCAAUCUUCAAAUCUUGGUUUUGGUCAAAGUACACAGCCAACUGCAUCCACUGGCCUUUUUAGCUCCUCAACUUUUUGUUUUAAAAUGAUUGCUACUUCAUCUAGCUCAUCACUUUUCGGCUCUACAGCUCCAGCUACUUCAUCCCUUUUCGGUUCGAAACCGACAACGGGUACUCUUUUUGGUGGAACAACAAAUAAUGCAACUUUUGGGCAGACGCAAGGCACUGGAUUAUUUGAAAUUAAUAAACAUCUUCUAAUGAUUUCUAUUUAUUUAUUUAUAAUUAUAUUUAUUUUUUUGUUCCGCAAAUCUUCACCUUUUGGACAAACCCAGACGUCAACAGCUUUCAGCGGUUUCGGUCAGCCAUCAUCCACUCCUUCUACUAGCCUUUUUGGUUCAAAAUCUGCUACAUCAGGUUUUGGUGGUUUUGGUUCUACAACAACGACUCCCUUCGGCUCUCAGCCAACAAGUGGUGGGUUAUUUGGAUCGAAACCAGCUACGACUGGCUUAUUCGGUUCCACUCAAGGUUUUAAUAAAUUCAUAUAUAAUUUAUAUUAUUCGCAAUAUUAUUUUUUUUAUUUUUUUCCUUAUUUUUUUUACAUUUCUUUUGUAUUUUUUUCUUUUAGAUGCGACUAUAGCUGUGAACCAUCACUGGAAGAAUUGGCUGUAAACGCUGAAUGUAAUGGUGGAGUGUGCCAUCUCGAACAGGGAUUUACUGUUCGCCGAUUGGCGUUUGGAAGUGUUUUUUGGCCCGGGCCAUUUAAAUUAUCUAAUGUUGAUCUGGAUGAGAUCAUAUUCUUUCGACAAAAUGAGGUUAUAGUUUAUCCUGAUGAUGACAAGAAACCUGCUAUUAAUAUGGAGCUAAACCGUUUUGCAGAAAUUAGCUUGGAGCGAGUUUGGCCACGCAAUCGUAAAACCAGUGAGUUCAUAAAGGAUCCGAUUCGUUUGGAAGAAUUAGGAUUUCGCAAUAAAUUGGAACGAGCUUCAGUAAAGAUGGGAGCAGAAUUUAAAGAUUAUAGACCAGAUACAGGAACAUGGGUUUUCACAGUACCACAUUUCACGAAAUAUGGAUUGGUUAGUGAUUUCAUUUUCUUGUGGUAUUAUCAGCCUUUCGACGCUCCACUCUCUGAAGUAUUUGAGGCUUUUAAACUUGAUAUGGAACGACGUCACGAAAAAUUUGAACCAUCUGUUUAUCUUGAACUUAUUAAGCUGGCUUGUGAUCAGUCGUAUCCACUUGAAUCGAUUCUAGAACCGUGCAAUGUACCAGCACAUCCAUUUGAUUAUCAUAUUAGCUGGCAUCUUUGGAGUGUUCUACAUUCUCUUGGUUACCACCAUAUGUUUGAAGGAGUUGAUUGUGCGAUUCAUCUACAAUAUGCAGAACAAUUGGCACUUUUGGGUUAUGAACAUCUUUCAAUAUUCGUUCUAAUGCAUAUUUCGGAUCCUAAGAGGUAUAUGCAUGCUAAGCUUAUCAAUGAUGAAAAAAAUAUGUGCAGAUUUGCCCUUGAGAGUGAUAUGUUCAGUGAGGCUCACUCUUUAUUCUUCGAAAAGAUUGCUCCUAAGGCUGUCGCAUUCGGUUGGCAUUUUGAUGCCAAAAUGAGAAAUUUUUUAAAAUUUAAAGUCUAUGAAUAG